UACGAUCCCGGUGGCUAACCUAGUCGUACGCAUAAAAGUCACAUGGGUCACGCACGGCGCCGAAGAGCCUGCUGGGAGUCUAGUGUGCCAUGGCGGCGCCCAGCCUGCGAGGUCGCCUAGCGCGGCUUGGCAACUCACAGAAACCUGUACUGAAACCCAACAAGCCUCUCAUUCUAGCCAACCGCGUCGGAGAACGUCGCCGGGAGAGAGGCGAGGCGACCUGCAUCACGGAGAUGUCUGUGAUGAUGGCUUGCUGGAAACAGAAUGAAUUCCGUGAUGACGCCUGUAGAAAAGAAAUUCAGAACUUCUUCGAUUGUGCUUCAAGGGCUGAGGCAGCCCGAAAGAUGAGAUCAUUCCAAGAUACCAUGGGAGAGUCUGGAAAUUUACCCCCCAAGAAGUUGAACAAGUUAUUACAGAGGUUUCCUAACAAACCACAUAUCAGCUGAAAAAUGGAGAAGUAUUUUCAAUGACUGGAUUAUAACCUCUGAGAACUAUGGAGAGAGGUUUUUUAGAGAUAUUUGCACUGUUUGUUUCUUUUAGAAAGGUAAAAGAGGCCAAACAUUCUUCCCUCCACCCCCUUUAGAAUCUUUGGAAUUUAAACUUUGUCUUGAAUAAAAUCUUCUGAAAAGAACUUUGCCUUUUGUUGUGGAUUAGGUACUCCCUUUAUACUUGAGCCCUGUAUAAAGGAUUCUAUUCUUCCCCUAGACUUUUGACAGCUCCUUACUGCAAGCAGAAGAAGAAAAAUUUGUCUGCAUUUGAAGUCCUUUAUACCAUUAAAGAUAUCUGAAGUCUGCCUGUACACAGAUUUUUUAGGCCAUUUGUAUUUAGUAACUACUUAUUUCAUGCAUAGAUGCUGCAAGAUUCUCCCAGAACACUCAGAAGUUCACAAACUAGUAAAGCAAAGGUAUUGCAGAUAUAUUU